AUGCUGAGUAGAUUAGGCUUUGGAAUGGUGAAACGCCAAACAGGAUCUGCAUCUGGCCUUUUCGUUGCCAAUUCCCGUGCCGUAAGACUCGUAAGCACGGAGACUCCUGUUGAAGCGGGAGAGUCGGUUCGUGAGAGCGAAGUGGGAGAAUUGACGACCCAGGAGAUUUCUGAUUUGUCGCAAGCUAUAAGUGAGCCCAAUUUUAGUAUAUUUCCCACAGUUCAUGAGGUCAGGCCAGAGGAAAUUGUUGGAUACACUCCUUUUGGUGUAAAGUCUUACUUCGUGGAAAGGUCUGCAACUGGAAAUCUACCAGUGUACACGGACUUCAAGAGUGGUGGUAAAGUGGUCACUGAAAUUCGCAAAAUUCAUGGCGAUCCUGUUCAACUGCGGAACGAUCUCCAGGCGAGACUCACCAACGUUCCCAAGAGCUCUUUUAAAGUGCUGAUGCAAGCCAAAAAAAUUGUCAUCGAGGGCGAUGUCGUAAGGAAGGUCAAAAAUGUGCUCUCUACCUCGUUUUGA